AUGCAUCAUGUGCGCGAGCGUGGUGCGGCCUCCGCGCGCGAAGGCGGCGAUGCCACAAGCAGCUCGGUGGAUAUCGCGACGCAGCCAUCCUCCAAAGCUGUCGGCAUGAACGACGUGGUCAGCGGUGUGCCGAAGCACCAGAGCGAGCCCACCGCACUGCCGGAGAGCGGCGCGGGUCUCCCCGGCGGCCCGGCCGGUGUCCGCGCCCGCCGUCACGUGGAGGUGCUGUUCCACCCCGAGCUGCGGCGGACGAAGGAGGUGAUUCGGCGGCCGGAGUGGGUACGGCGCACCGGUGAGGCCGUCGCCCACCGCGGCUCCCUCAACACGAUCGCCCUCUUUGGCCUCGUCUUUGCGAACUGCGUGGGCGGCGGCUACGGCUUCGAGGACGGCAUCGGCGCCGCCGGGCCGCUCAUCACGCUGAUCGUGUGCAUCCUUCUGCCGUGGAUUUGGGCCCUGCCGACUGGGCUGGCCGUCGCGGAGCUGUCCACGGCGGUGCCGAGCAAUUCCGGGGUGCUGAUGUGGACGAACGCAGCCUUCCCGCCGUUCAUCUCCUUCAUGUGCAUCCUCGCGACGAUCUUCAUCACCUUCAUUGGCAACGCCACCUAUCCGAACCUGACGGCGCAGUACGCCGAGCAACUCGGCCACCUCUCCGCCGGCCCCGUCGCGGCGGUGAAGAUCGGCGUGGUCGUCUUCUGCUGCGCGCUGAACUGCGUUGGGGUGGAGAUCGUCGGCAGCAGCUCGAUUGUGCUGUGCGGGAUCACAAUUCUGCCGUUCUCCCUCCUGACGGUCAUUCAGCUCUUUGGUCACGGCUUUAACAAGGCGGUGCUGUACGUGGAUGUGCGGAAGGUGGACUGGGCGGCCUUCUUUUCCAUCAUCAGCUGGAACUACGCAAACAUCGAGAACGCCGGCGCCGUCGUGGAGGAAGUGGCGAACCCGCGCAGUGCCCUGCCGAAGGCCAUGAUCAUGUUGCAGUUCAGCACCUACGUGGCCUACGUGAUGCCCAUGUUGGCGGGUGUGAGUGCCAUGGGCCUCAAUCAGGACUACUCGCAGUGGAAGGCGGGGCACUGGCCCGAUGUGGCGAAGGUAAUCGCUGGAGAUUGGCUCAAGUACAUGCUCUUCUCCGGUGCUCUCCUCAGCGGCGUCGGUUUUACACUGACGAGUAUGUGCUGCACCAGCCGCCUGCUGGCUGGCAUGGGCACGAUGCAGAUGUUCCCCAAGAAGGUGUCGCGCAUAAUUGGCUACUACCACCCUCGCCUCGGCACGCCGAUCCCUGCCAUCGUCAUCAACUCCACCUUGACGCUGGUGUUUAGUGUGAGCAUGGACUUCACGAGCGUCGUGGCGCUCUGCCAGUCGAUCUACUGCAUCCGCAUGCUCCUCAUCUACGCCGCGCUGGUGAAGCUGCGGAUCGAGUACCCGAACCUGCCGCGGCCUUACGCGCUGCCGUGUGGGACGUGGAUGGCAGCGCUGUGCCUCCUGCCGGCGGCGUUGUUCUCCCUCAUGGCCUCCAUCGUGUCCGCCAUGUCGUCGCUGGCGAUCGGCAUCGCCCUCGUGUGCUUUGUGGUGGGCGGCAGCGGUCUCUCGUGGGUGUACUGCCGAAUUUUCGCCCGCAACGGCUUUCAAGGCGUCAUUGUCCAGUGUGAGGUGUCGUCCGACGAGGACGGCGACGGCGGCGGCGGCGGUGGCGGUGCGGCGAGCGCGGAGGACGGUACGUUGAGCGAGGGUGUCUUCUACCACGACGACGAUGCGAGCGUCGAUGAGGACGGCGGAGGAGACUUUCUACUCGGCAUCUUGCCAGCCGCCACGGCAAGCCCAACGUCCGCGACGCAGAACCCAAACGGCGGUUUGACUAUGUACAGCAGUGGACCUCCGCAGGUCUAUUUACGCCGCGGUGCGACCGACCUGGACGCCGUCGGCCCGGGUGAGGAGGUGCGCGACGUGGAGUACACAAAUCAUGAAGUUCCGCUGGACACCAGCGCCGUGGGAUUCAGCACGAACCAUAGCAACAGCGUCAGCAACGUCAACCUGAGCAACGCCGCGAGCAAGUCUCCGUCCGGCUUUGGGCAGAGCAGCUUCCCGGUCUUUGCUGGCAGCCUCAACCGUGGUCCGGCACUGCGCCACCGCCACCGCACGCGCAGCCUCGGCGCGAGUCAGAACGUCGUCAGCGGCGAGGACAGCGCGGAGGAGGGCGAGCACACGGCAGGGGAGUGGGUGACCAGGCCAGCAGGCUACGUGACGCCGUUGGCCGACUUUGGCGGACACGGUAACAGGAGCGGUAGCGCCAGCUUCACCACCUCCCCGACGCCGCAGCUCUCCGCUGGCGGCUUUGAUGUUCCGCCGGGGCUGCCGCCGCUGCCGGCCACACGCGACCGCAGUCGUGGGGCGACGCCGACAGGUGGGCGCCGUAGUCCGCUGCCGCACGGAGGCAGUCAAGGGGCGAAGAAGCCGUCGGACGAUUUUUGA